AUGUACGACACCCUCGUCCUCUAUCUGGCUGUAUUCCCAGAAAACGAAAUUGUCAGAAAAGAUGUAUGUUGAGAAUGCAAUUUUCUAAUAGACGAGAAGAAAUUGGAGAAAACUUCCAAUGGAAAGGUGUAAAUAAAUAUUGUGUUUCAGCCGAAUGCGGACCCGAGAUGGGAGUCGUGGCCAGUGCUGCCGCCCAAUUCUAUUCUUUCGCAAUGGGCCAUUUCAAAUGUCAAGAAGAUGUUGGAUCUUAUCACGAAGGCGGAUGUCAAGUGAGUCUCCCUAUUUUAUUUUUCAUGUCAUUCUUCUUCCGUUUCAGAUCUUCAGUCGAUCUUUCUGCAGUGUGGAAUAAGCUGAUGGCGAUGGCUUCUUCGUUCGGAAGAAUGGGAAUUGAUUUCCGCCCUCUUAUUGCUGGGAAGCUGACCACAUUAGUGGAACAGAGAUUCCGACAAAACGUUCAUGACGCGACGAACCGUCUCACUGGAUCCUCUCGAGACAUCGUCAUGAUCGGAAUAGACCCUGCUUCCCUGCCCCAGUUCGAAUCCUCUCCGGACUCUCCGCCUGUGCCGGUUGCUGAACUCAGUCUUUGGGAUGACAUGACAGUCUACGCGAAUGCUAUUGUCGAUGCUCUCAAUAGUCUCCGUUUCAUUCUAACUCCCGUCAUACUCUCCACAGUCGUCAUCUCGCUCCGCGAUUCGGUCCGAUCAAUUCUCAGCUGGUUGGCCAUCUCCCAUUCUAACUCGGCGAAUUUCACACGAGCCGUCCGAAUUGUCUGCACUUGCCUUGCUCCGUUCUUCGAAAAAUGCGUUUCAUUUUUCUUUCCUCCGGCUGUGGUCACACGAGUUUUCGGUUCCUCAAUAACCAAACAGCAAUACGUAAGGAUUUCGAAUGAAAAACAAACGAAUGGUUGUCUAAUUUCAGCUCUCAUUCAUUGAACUCGACAUGCAGGAGCUCGCUGCUUCUUGUGACGGGGCGGACAAAAUUGAGGAAAUCGUCCGUCCUCUGCUCCAGAAGAGAACUCUAGCCGAUAUCAAUCUGGAUACGGUGCUGAAGGCGAAAUUUACGGAAAAGGGAGGUACCGCGAAAUUUUUCCUCGAAGACACUCCAGAGGAAGCGGAGGAAAUUGCGGUGGAGCAGGAAACGAAGCAAGAGGCGGCAGGAAAAGUUGACGGAAAAUCCGUGAAGAUCGAAAUAUCGAUUCAGAAUGGAAGUGUGAAACCGACUCAGAAGGCAGAAGUCAAAGAGAAGAAGCCAAGUUUUGAUAAAUUGGAGCAGCCGCCAUUGCCAUCCAUUCCCGAGCAUGCUGACGUAAUCAUUCCGGGAGAGCAUCGCGAUGUUCUCGUCGAAGAGUCCGUGAGCAUUGACAAUGUGCUCACAGAAGCCACGCAGGAAUACGAAUAUCAGCAAGAACCAAUCGAGAAUUCGGCGAGCGCUGAGAAUGUGCAGACAGAAUCUACCCAAGGAGAUGCUCCGGCUCACGAAUCCGCCAGCAACGUGAAUACAGAAUCCACACAGAAAGAAGAACAGAAUGAGAAUGUGGAACCGGAAGAAGAAUGGGGAUGGGGAGAAGAGGAAGGUGCCUCGGAAGAAGAAGAAGUGAAGAUUCCGAUUAAGAAAGGAGGAAAGGAUGACUAG